AGCAAACAAGCAAUCGAGCCCCUGAACACACCUAGCUGCUAUGUCCAUGAAGGUGGAGAAGGACCUUCACAUGGCCACAGGCGACGGGGCGAACAGCUACGCUGCCAAUUCCAGGCUCCCGAAGAAGGCACUACUCAAGACCAAGCCGGUGCUUCAGAAGGCCAUAGAAGACCUCUACUGCAAGUCGCUCUCCGGCCGGGGCACGAUGGUUGUCGCCGACCUCGGCUGCUCGUCGGGGCCGAACACGCUGCUCGUCGUCGAAGAGGUGAUGAGCACGCUCCGGGAUUGCGCCCGCGAGGAGACGAAGGCGGCAGACGACCGGCGGCGUGCCAUGCAAGUGCAGUUCUUCCUGAACGAUCUGCCCGGCAACGACUUCAACCUCGUCUUCCGGUCGCUGCAGCAGCUGCAGGACUACUUGGGCGCGGAGGAGGAAGACGAGGCGGUGGCGCUGCCUUGCUACGUUGCCGGGCUCCCGGGUUCCUUCUACAUGAGGCUUUUCCCGUGCCAAAGCGUCCAUCUCUUCCACUCGUCCUACAGCCUCAUGUGGCGCUCCAAGGUGCCUGAGGAACUCUCAAAUGAAACUUAUCUGAAUGAAGCAAACAUUUACAUUGGGAAGACUACUCCACCGGCUGUGGUAAAGUUGUUCCAGGAACAAUUUCUGAAGGACUUCAGGUUGUUCCUCACAUUGCGGUACAAGGAACUUGUUGGUGGUGGCCGUAUGGUGCUGACAUUUCUAGGCCGAAAGACUGAAGAGAUGUUGAUGCACGGUGAAGUGGGCAGCAUGUUGGAAUUGCUUGCCAAAGCUCUCCAGUCUUUGGUCCAAAAGGGUCUGGUGGAAAAGGAGAAGCUGAACUCCUUUAACCUUCCAUACUAUGCACCAUCAGUGGAUGAAGUAAAGGCGUUGAUUGAUAAGGAGAACCUCUUUGGCAUCGAACACAUCGGACUCUUUGAGUCCAACUGGGAUCCACUUGACGACUCGGACAGUGAUGUGGUGCUGGAUUGUGCCAGCAGUAGCAGAAAUGUCGCCGAUAAAAGCAUAAGGGCAGUGAUGGAGCCUCUGAUCAUCGAACACUUCGGUGAGGCCAUACUUGACGAACUGUUCAUGGUGUUUGCCUCCAUGGUUGCAGGAUACCUCGAGAUAAGGAAGGCCAAGUACCCUGUCAUUGUUGUCUCCUUGAAGAAGGCCAUGCAUUGAAUCGACCUUAGGAGCAGUGGCGGAUAAUUAUGAUAACUUAGCUAAUCUACCAAUGGAUAAUUAUGAUAAUACAUGAUAUAAUUAUGACCCCGUUUGGCCUCCACGGAGGUCCGCCAGUGCUUAGGAGUAUAUGAUGUGGUGCUGCGUAUAUAUACAAUCAAUGUUAAUCUUUCAGCACCAGCC